GGUCGACCAAUAUCAGCCUCUAAGAAGCGGAAGCUAUGCAACGAUCCAUUCGUAGCUGUGCGGCAGAAUAGCUCGAGUAAGCCACGAUGUUGCCAUUCCCAAGCCCAUCGAGAGACUUGGCGACCACGGUGCUGGUUAUGCCAUGAUCUCCUGUUGAGCUCUAUGCUCGGCUUGACAAGACAACUAAGGCCAUUUGGCAUUCGGCAAUACAUACCUACCAAUGGAUUGGAGCGAGAAACGGAGCUUGCAGCAAUGUGAAAGAUAUCAGAACACUUUUGAACACCGAAGAGGAGGGCUAAAGACUUCGUGGGACGAACAUCCGGCAGAACAGAGAGGCUCGGUACAAAUCAACUGCUUAUUGACAUAUGAAGGCGCGUCGAGCAAGCCUAGUUGGUGUCGACGGAGAGGCAGGAUCCAUUGCUCAACAGACAGCGAACGGCACUUUGUAUGAGAGCAAUAAGUAAAAGCCGUACCGAAGCCGCUCUGCCAAUAUCCUGCCAAUAUUCUGUCAUUGCACAAGUGGCAGCUAAGGUAGUUCACGCCAGAGACGUAAGCUCUCUCAAGGCUGUCGACAUGAAAGGCGAAGUUCGAAGAGAAAUAGAUUACGUGAAGGAUACCGCCACUUGGUUCUGGGUGGGAAUCUGGGGAAAGCGGUAGGGUCAGCGUCUUGGCGCAUCGGAGGGUACAACGGCAGAAGCGGGCUAUUACCUU